AUGAAGGCUUACAUCAACCGCACCGCCACCUUUGCCUGGUCACCAGCUACCUACGAGUCCGAUUCACCCCUGAUUGCCACAGGUACCGUUGCAGGCGCUCUCGACGAAUCCUUCAGCAAUGAGAGCCUUCUUGAACUCUGGAAGCCUUUCUACGCCGCUUCCGCUGACGCAAACAUCGAUGCCGACGCAAAACCGCUAGCCAGCAUCUCCACCAGCGCUCGCUUCAAUCGUCUCGCUUGGGGUUAUGCCAAUCCUUCCCGUCCCAAGGGUCUCCUCGCAGCUGGUCUCGAAAACGGUGAACUCGGCAUCUGGGACGCUGACAAGGUCCUCGCUGCCGCUGCCGAAUCCGAUGCACAGGUCAUCAAAAACACAACACAUACCGGCCCCGUUCGAGGUCUCGACUUUAAUCCCCUUCAGCCUAACCUGCUCUCCAGCGGUGCUGUGGCCGGCGAAAUUUUCAUCUGGGAUCUCAACUCGCCUGCCAAGCCCUACUCGCCCGGAGCACGCUCUUCAAAGCUCGACGAGAUCACCUCAUUGGCUUGGAAUUGCCAAGUGCCUCACGUACUCGCCACCUCUUCCAGCAGCGGAUACACCGUCGUCUGGGAUCUCAGGGGCAAGCGAGAGGUCGUUGCUCUUCAAUACGGUGGCGGGGCUGGUACUGCAGUUGGCUCUUUGGGCAUCAACGCUGGAUCCGCUCUCGCUGCUGGAGGUCGGCGCGGUAUGAGUGCUGUCGCUUGGCACCCAGACACUCCUACACGACUCGUCACCGCUAGCGAAGACGACUCGAGCCCCGUCAUCAUGCUUUGGGAUCUCAGAAACUCACGCGCUCCCGAAAAGAUCAUGACCGGCCACGACAAGGGCAUUCUCUCCCUCUCCUGGUGCAAGCAGGACGCCGAUCUCCUCCUCUCGUGUGGUAAAGACAAUCGCUCCAUCUGCUGGAACCCGCAGACGUGCGAUAUCGUCGGCGAGCUCCCAUCCAGCUCCAAUUGGUCUUUCGAAGUUCAGUGGUCGCCUCGCAACCCAGGCAUGCUCGCCACCGCCAGCUUCGAUGGAAAGAUUGGCGUUCACUCACUUCAAAGCACCAACGCUCCUGAACCAGACGCUCCUGCCACGCAGCAGCUCAACGAGGAUUCCGACUUUUUCAAUCAGGCCACCGCUCCACAGACCACCUCCAAGGGUCUCUCCCUCAAGCAACCCCCCAAGUGGCUCCGUCGGCCUGUAUCCGCCGUCUUCGGAUUCGGUGGUCAGCUCGUCUCCAGCGGUGGUCCCUCCUCAAAACCCUUUACUCCGACCGUCCAUCUCCGUGACUUUGUCUCCGAACCUUCCAUCGUUGAGAGGGCCACCAAGUUGCAGCACGCUCUCGACGGUCAGAGUCUCGCCGAAUUCUGUGCCCAACGCAGUCAGGAUCCCUCCACCCGUCCCGACGACAUUGCAAACUGGAAGGCGCUCCAGACCCUGUUCCGCGCCGAUUCCCGCGACGAGCUUGUCGCCUUGCUUGGUUUCUCCAAGGAGGAUAUUGCUCAAAAGGUGUCUCAGUCCAUCGCAGCUUUCAAGACAAACGGUACCGCAGCCGUCGAACCCGAGGUUACCCCCGUCACCAACCCCAUCGACGAGCCAGAGUUAACCAAGCCGGUGACAUCCGCAGAUGACGGUGCUGAUGCUGUAGAAGCGGCCAACGAGAUCGUCGAACCAGCUGCCAUUGCCACAGAGCCAGCCCCCGAGGUCGAAGCAAACGACAUUGACGAACCUGGUCUUUUUGGCGAUGACGCUGCAGGCGCGGCCAACAACGAUGCCUCAGACUUCUUCAACCAGAUCUCGGCAGGCCAGACCCCGGCCGUCCGAUCUGCUUUGCCCAGCCACCUUCUCUCCGAGUCUCAGCCGCACAUUCACUCAUCUGCGGCUACCAUUGGCUCGCCAGCUCCCUCGUCGGUUGCCAGCGAGAGCAUUCGCCCUUCCACCUUCAAGAUCUAUCCCUCUGAAGAGUCCGAGGCUGAUAAGCUCAUCACCCGCGCCCUCGUGCUCGGCGAAUUCGAAAGUGCCGUCUCGCUCUGCAUCAACAGCGACCGCUUCGCCGAUGCUUUCCUCCUCGCCGUCCGCGGUGGAGAGGAGCUCCUCGCCAAAACGCAAAAGGCCUACUUUGAGAAGCGCACAGCACAGCUUCCGUACCUCCGUCUCUUCCAGAGUAUCGUCUCGGACGACCUCACUGACGUCGUGCAGAACGCCGACCUUGGCGAGUGGCAAGAGAUCUUUGUCGUCCUCUGCACUUUUUCCAAGCAGGACGAGUUCAGCAACUUGACCGAACAGCUUGGACAGCGUCUCGAAUUCCAGUACUCGCUUGCACGCAAUUCAGACAUCACCCAGGCUAAAGAGCACCGCAAGAAUGCCGUCCUCUGCUACCUCGCUGCAGGCAAAUUAGAAAAGGUCGCUGGCAUGUGGAUCGACGAGAUGAAGGAGGAAGAACUUGCGCUCCGAUCCAACACCAAGAACGCCGAUGAAUCUCACAAAGGCACCCUCUACUCUGCCCGCGCCGAGGCUCUCCAGACGUUCAUGGAAAAGAUCACUGUUUUCCAGAGCGCAGUCGGCUACGUCGAUGUUGACCUCCAGCAGCCUACUCAGGACUCGAUCGUCGCAGAGACCGGCGCUCGCUCGUACAAGCUUGCCCCGCUCUACGACCGUAUCCACGAGUACGUCGAGCUGCUUGCCGAUCAGGGUCUCAUCUCUCCCGCUUUGAGGUUUGCCAACCAGACGCCUGCCGACUACCGACCCCAUGGCCCUGCCGAUCAGAGCGCCACUGCCACUGCUCUCAAGCAGCGCUUGCUCAAGGCAGAGAUCGCACGUCCCAAGACUGAUACUGCUGCCUCUUCUUCGACCAACAAUGUUGUUGCCGCUGCUUCCGCUUCCGCCUCUUCGUACGCUGCUGCGCCCGCUUCAAAUGGUUACGCUCCUUACGAUCCUUAUGGCCAAUCGACCUCCUCGAGCGUCCCAACCGUUCCAUCCGUGCCCGCCGUGCCUGCAGUCAACACGUACCAGGAUCCGUACGCAGCAGCUGCUCCAAGUCCUUCCGUCGCUGCUCCUCAGCCUCCUACUCAGUCGCGAUACGCACCGGCGGUGCCCGCGCCCGUACCCACUGCAAUGCAGCCAGAGCCGGUGCAGACCAAUGCCUACGGCGCUUACGGUGCUCAGAGCUACCAGUCUGCGUAUCAGCCAGCCCAGCCUAUGAUCCCAGCCGCGCCCGCCUUCGGCGCCUCGUCCUACGGGCAACAGCAGCACCAACAGCAACUUCCUCCGCCACCACCGCUUAAGCGUGACCAAUCGGGAUGGAAUGAUGUUCCGGAAGGCCUCGCAGCUCCCAAGCGUACUCCCAGCGCCAUGUCGCAGCACAAAUCUGCCAAUGCCAUCACCUCGCCCUUCCCCAACGCUCCCGCCCAGGCUCCCUCGCCCUACGGUGGCGCCCCAGGGGCGCCUCCUACCGGACCCCCUCGUGGUGCUACGCCUUCGCGAGGCAUGAUGAGUCCUCCUCCUCAGGGUCCGCCCUCGGGACCAGGUCUUGCUCAGCAGCGUGUGGGGCCACCUGGCGUUCGACCACCUCCUAUGGGCCCCGCGCAGGGCCAGCCGCGUCCCGGUCAGCAACAGCCUGGCCCACCUAGCCAGGCAGCUCCUUCCGCCGGCCCAUAUGCCCGACCACCCGCGGGUCCCGGCGCUCCCUCCGCCAACGGUAUGCAGCAGCAGCAGCAGCCAGGCGCGCCGCCAGUAGGUCCUGGUGCUGGCGCUCUUCGACCUCCCGGUCAGGCGCUACCCGGUGCACCUGGUCUCGCUGGCCCGCCAGGUGUGCCUCAACGCUCGGCGACACCAGGCGGCGGGGCAGGCGCGCCUUCUCGCAGCGCCACUCCUGGAGCCCGAGGCGCUUCGCAGAUGAAAUACCCGCCCGGUGACCGAUCGCACAUUCCCGAGAACCAGCGACCGAUUCAGCAUGCUCUGCAGCGCGAAGUGGCGCGACUCAAAGCCACUGCACCCCCGGCUCAAAAGAGGAUGAUCGACGAUACCGAGCGCCGCAUCAACCUGCUGCUCGACCACCUCAACUGCGGCACCAUCGACGCCAAGACCGUUGGCGGUCUCAUGCAGAUCGUCGCCGCCAUCGAAGCGAGAAACAAGCAGGCAGCGCUCAACAUCCACCUCCAGCUCGUCACUAGCAGCUCAGGCGACGUCGCUGCCGGUCUUGUUGGUGUCAAGAUGAUCAUCUCGCGUCUGUGA